CUUCGUUCUCAUCCAUUUCGCUUCUCUUGUCAUCUUUCACUUUCCACCGAUUUCAUUCUGUUUCCGACUCACUCGCUCACUCACUCACUCACUCUCCCUCUCCGAUUCUCUCACGCCACCGUCCGUUAGGGUUUCUCCCUCUCUCUCUCUUCCCAAUCGCCGCCGCCUCCGAUCGGAUAACCCGCUUGCUUCUCCUGUCUUGGCUCGAGAUCCGGGCCAAGAACAGAAGAUUCCCGUUCUGAUUUCCAUUUCGUCUUCACUGGAUUGGCUUGUGGUUGUUAUCUUUCUCUGUGAGUUUAAAUGGCGUCGGGCGAGGGGUUUCUGACUGAUGGGCAGAGGGAAAUACUCAAGAUUGCUACUCAAAAUGCUGACAAUUUGUCUUCGUCGCCGAAAUCCCCAUCGUCGUUGCUUUCGGAACAUCACAUAAAGGCCCCUGCUGCUGGUGGUAAGGCGCAAACAGCUGGGAUAGCCGUGAGGCAUGUGCGCCGGACUCACUCCGGAAAGCUUGUGCGGGUGAAGAAAGAUGGUGCUGGUGGCAAGGGUACUUGGGGAAAAUUGAUUGACACGGAUGUUGAAUCUCACUUAGAUCGGAAUGAUCCAAAUUAUGACAGUGGCGAGGAACCCUAUCAGCUUGUUGGAUCUACUAUUACUGACCCCUUGGAUGAAUUCAAGAAAGCAGUGGUAUCCAUCAUAGAGGAAUACUUCAGUAAUGGAGAUGUUGACUUAGCAGCAUCUGACCUCAAAGAACUAGGCUCAAGUGAAUAUUAUGCAUAUUUCAUUAAGCGUCUUGUGUCCUUGGCAAUGGACAGGCAUGAUAAGGAGAAAGAAAUGGCUUCCGUUCUGCUUUCAGCAUUGUAUGCUGAUGUCAUUAGCCCUGCACAGAUUAGGGAUGGGUUUUUUAUGCUGAUUGAAUCUGCUGAUGAUCUUGCAGUAGAUAUCCUGGAUGCAGUUGACAUCCUUGCUUUAUUCCUUGCACGUGCUGUUGUUGAUGACAUUCUUCCUCCGGCCUUUCUUGCCAGGGCAAGGAAGGCUCUUCCAGAAUCUUCCAAGGGAGCUCAGGUAAUUCAAACUGCUGAGAAGAGUUAUCUCUCAGCUCCACACCAUGCAGAACUUGUGGAAAGGCGAUGGGGUGGUACCACUCACAUCACUGUUGAAGAAGUGAAGAAGAAGAUUGCUGAUUUACUUAGAGAAUAUGUGGAUAGUGGUGACACACUUGAAGCCUGCAGGUGUAUUCGUGAAUUGGGGGUUUCAUUCUUCCACCAUGAGGUUGUGAAGAGGGCUUUGGUACUUGCCAUGGAAAAUCGUUCAGCGGAACCUCUAUUGUUGAAGCUAUUAAAAGAAGCGGCUGAAGAAGGACUUAUUAGUUCCAGCCAAAUGGUGAAAGGGUUUUCUCGUUUGGAAGAAGGCCUGGAUGAUCUUGCUCUUGAUAUCCCAUCCGCCAAAGCCUUGUUUCAGUCACUUGUCCCCAAGGCAAUAUCUGAAGGGUGGCUUGAUGCUUCAUUUACCGAUUCUGCUGGUGAAGAUGGGGACAUCCAAGUUGAAGAUGAGAAGUUGAGGAAGUACAAAGAGGAAAUUGUAUCUAUAAUUCAUGAGUAUUUUCUCUCUGAUGACAUUCCUGAACUCAUUAGAAGUCUAGAAGAUCUUGGAGCACCUGAGUAUAACCCAAUAUUUUUGAAGAAGCUUAUAACUCUUGCUAUGGAUCGAAAGAACAGAGAAAAGGAAAUGGCAUCUGUCCUGUUAUCUGCUCUUCAUAUAGAGAUAUUCUCAACAGAGGAUAUAGUCAAUGGUUUUGUCAUGCUUCUGGAAAGUGCAGAAGACACAGCACUGGAUAUUUUGGAUGCUUCAAAUGAGCUUGCUCUUUUUCUAGCUCGGGCUGUGAUUGAUGAUGUUCUUGCCCCAUUGAAUUUGGAAGAAAUUGGCAGCAGGUUAACCCCAAAAUGCAGUGGAAGUGAAACUGUGCGCAUGGCUCGGACUCUGGUUUCUGCUCGCCAUGCUGGUGAAAGGCUUUUGAGGUGCUGGGGUGGGGGAACUGGAUGGGCCGUGGAGGAUGCUAAGGACAAGAUCAUGAAGCUCCUGGAGGAGUAUGAAAGCAGUGGGGUCGUGAGCGAAGCAUGCCAGUGUAUUCGUGACCUGGGAAUGUCUUUCUUCAACCAUGAGGUAGUGAAGAAAGCUUUGGUUAUGGCCAUGGAGAAGCAGAAUGACAGGAUGCUAGAUCUGCUGCAGGAGUGCUUCAGUGAAGGACUGAUCACCAUCAACCAGAUGACCAAAGGGUUCACCCGUGUUAAGGAUAGUCUUGAUGAUCUGGCUCUGGACAUUCCAAAUGCAAAGGAAAAAUUUGGCUUCUAUGUGGAGCAGGCUCAAGCAAAGGGCUGGCUUCUACCAUCAUUUGAUUCGUCUACCACAGAUGUCUAACUAUCCUGGGCUCUGAGGACCACAUUUAUCUAUUGUUUCUCAUGUAUGUUGGUUCUUUAGUUCCCACUCAUGAUGGAUAGAUAAACUGUGAUGGUUGGACUUCUAUGAUCCUUUUAAUCUGUUUUUUUUUUUACUUGACCUUUUCUUCCAGAAUCAUCUCUCACCGACAGAGAUUCCUAUAAUCUCAGUCGUUGUAUAAAGUUGGUCUUAUUUCAUUUUAACAGCUUUUAGGAUGAUGUUGCAUCAAGAGUUUAGAAGGGCAUAUAUUGUAUUUUUCGGCACUGAUUUUCUUCCUACUAUUAUGUCAAAUUUUCGUCUAUUACUCUUA